AAUUACAUCACCAAGAAUAUGGGAAACGAUGUCAUCUCUUCUGUGAGGCUGAGAAAACCUGAUAUUGUUCUGUACGAGCACGCUGGUUACAAGGGUCAAACUCUUCCCCUCACUGAAGCUACCCCCAACUUUAUUCCUCUCGGCUUUAACGACAAAGCCUCCUCCAUUGAAGUCACGAGUGGCAAGUGGACUGUCUAUCAGGAUGUCAACUACAAAGGGAAAAGCCUCAUUCUGGGAGUGGGAAAGUACGACAUCGAUUACAUUACCAAGAACCUGGGAAACGAUGUCAUUUCUUCUGCUAGGCCUGCCGAAAUAUCCCUGUUUGAGCAUGCCAAUUACGAUGGAAAACGCAUGCAAUUGUCCAAAGAUACUCCAACCUUGGUUCCGCUAGGUUUUAAUGAUAUUGUCUCCUCUAUUGAGGUAAUCUUUGGUGAUUGGACCGUGUAUGAGCACGUUGACUAUAAAGGAAAGAGCCUGGAUCUGAAAGUUGGAAAGUAUGACAUUGACUACAUCAAGACAAAUCUAGGAAACGAUGUCAUCUCCUCGGUGAGAUUGACACCAUGAAAAGCUUGAAAAAAACACUUGUAUACUGUACACGUAGCUAAAUUUACAACAAAUGUCAGUCCCAUGGUAAGGGGUAAAA